AUGUCUGAAGACGACAAGGACUCGCUGGACUUUUCCAUGGGCUCGAAGGCCUUUGCCGUGCCCGAUGCAGAGCUCAUUCAGUUGAUUCUCGGCGAAGAUGGUGCCGCCGCUGGUGGCGGUGCUGGUGGGGCCGGCGAAAAGAAGAAGGAAAAGAAAAAGUCCAACGAAGGUGGGGUGGGAGGUGCCACUGCCGCUGGCUCAAAGCAGAAGAAGAGCCCUGAAGGUACGGCGGACAUUAACAAGAAGCAGAAGGUGGCCCACGCCACGGGCACCGACAGUACCGUCACGACUCCUUCUAUCAGCGGAAGUAAUCUUUCCGACGCCCCCUCGACGACCCUCAGUGGCAUCAACUCGGCCAACCCCAGCUAUCAGGGCGCUGGUUCCACCGCUGUCCCUCCACGUCACACUAACAUGCACAGUGCCGGCGGUGCUAGUGCCGGCGGAUCUCCUCGUGGAGCCUCUCCCUUGGUCUCGCCAAAUAAGCCAGCCAAUCCGUACGACAAUCCGUACUGUGUGCCGAAGAAGGGCGUAGGUGCUGGAAGUGGUACUGCAAUCACUGGUGGUGGUGGAGGAGGAAGUGCCAGCGGUUCGGGAAUUGCCAGCGGUGCUGCUGGCAGUGCCUCUGCCUCCACUACCUCUGCUCCCGCUUCGGUUGCUUCCGCUUCCGCCUCUGCCUCAUCGAAUGUGGCCACCUCAAAGGUGAGCAGCGUCGGCGGAGGCUCUGCCGUCGCCUCUGACUUUGGCGGCAGUGGCGUUGCCUCGGUCUUCUCCGGUGCCAGCGGCUCCACCGCCGGUCUGAGCACUGCUGGCACCUCCGCCCUCAGCCAGUCCAAUGCGGGCAGUUCGGCACUGGGCUCAGGGGUGGGCGGCCCUUCAGUGGCGUCCAGCAGCAGUGCUGCUAGUGGUGUUCGCAGUGCUCGAAGCGCCAGCAAGGAGUCGGUGGGCAGCAAACAGAAGGCACGCCAGCUGAAGCACUGCAAAAAGUCAAAGGCCUCUGUGGUGCCCACCAAAAAGAACUCGCUGAGCAAGGGCCUCGAGGACGGGUCUGCUAGCAAGUGA